UUUAUUCCAAAUUGUUUGUUUCGGUAUAAUUUUUGCAAAAUAUUAAAGAAUAUAUACUUGCGUAAAUAAGAAUAUUACUUUCAAAGUCGAAACAAUCAUAUAAACAUUGAUGUAGGAGCAUUAUAAAUUCAUAAUUUUAUUUUGUAUACUUUGUUUGAUAGAGAAAUGAACAUCUUUUUGCCCAUUAGCAGUUGGUAGAUAAUGGUAUUAUAUCAUGAGACGUAAUUUGAUAUGCCAGUUCUGUUAGAUGGGAACACUAUCUGCUUCGCAUGUAUAUACAAGUUUCCGGUGAACCAAAAUAAGAAGAGAAACCUUUGUUUGAGUUAAUGAAUUAAAAACUAUUUGAAAGUGAUCUGUGGAACAGUAUAAUUCAGAGAGAUGAGGACGGAAGUUACAGAGUCACAACCUUUCAAAAACUUAAAAGAAUUAUUCGAUAACGUGGGUAACUUGAAACCAUGGCCAGAAAUUGGAGAACUACGAGAUUCAACUGAUUAUGUGUACAGUGGUUUAGAAAUAAGCGCAGGAAGAACGCGGUUAGAGAAAUUGGAUAGAGAAGUACAUCCGAAAACGUUGCUCUGUCAUGAUAUGAAAGGUGGCUACCUAGAAGACAGAUUUAUAUAUGGAUCAGAAUCUUAUGAUUCUUACCUAUUUUAUCACUGGAGUGUUAUUGACACUUUUGUGUAUUUUAGUCAUCAUUUCAUAACUGUGCCCCCUUUUGGAUGGAUUAAUGCAGCACAUAAUCAUGGUGUAAAAGUUCUUGGUACUGUAAUUACGGAAAGAGAAGGUAUCUGGGAUGUUAUACUUGAAUAUCAUGAAGAAGUAAGAAGAUUUGCAGAUGCACUAAUACUUGUUGCAAAAUUUUAUAAGUUUGAUGGCUGGUUAUUAAAUAUUGAAAAUACCAUUAAAAGUGAGCAAGUUAAUAAUUUAAUUUAUUUUGUAAAAUAUCUAACAGAAAAUAUUCAUGAAGCAAUUAGAAAUUCUGAAAUUAUAUGGUACGAUAGCGUAACCAAUGAAGGAAAAUUAAAUUGGCAAAAUGAGCUUAACAGUAAAAACAUAGAUUUCUUUUUAAACUGCGAUGCCAUUUACUUGAAUUAUAACUGGACGAAAUCAAAAUUGAAAAACAGUUUGGCACUAGCAAAAACUCACAGUCGAGAUAUUCAUGAUAUUUAUGUAGGACUUGAUAUUUGGGGAAGAGGUUGUCCUGGCGGUGGUGGAUUUAAUUCAUCAUAUAGACAUUAUCGUGAUGCAAUACCACGUUUUGGCGUACCCUCGAAAAUAAGAACCGAUCAAGGACGUCAAUGUGAAUCAAAACUAUUCGACGAAUUAUGCAAGCUGUUCGGCAUCAAAUACCAUUGUUUGAUUACCUUGGUCUUCACAGUUCUACUGACGCCUUAUAAGUCUCUCGGCCAGAGUUUGCAGAUGUGCGCAGACGGAGUUGCCAGUUUGACAGGACUUGCUGGUAUUGUUGAUGCGUUGAUGACGCCGCGCAACAGAUUUUCCGGCUUUUCCAUGGCUUUCCUUGUAUUCGACCUCGCUGCCUUUGGCCUUUCGUUUACAUCUCUAUCUGUGAUCGUCGUUCGUAUUUCCACAAACGUAGGGAUGCCACUGGAUGGUGACAAGUCUAAUUCGUGCAACAUAGUGUUCAGCAGAGAAAAAGAAAUAGGAAAGGACAGUACCGGUGAAAGUACAGACAAUACGUACCGAAUUAGACUUGUCACCAUCCAGUGGCAUCCCUACGUUUGUGGAAAUACGAACGACGAUCACAGAUAG